CUAGCCCAGCUCAGCUGUUGAUUCGAGUUCUUGCGAAAUUUUUUAGAUGAAAUUUAAGAAAGCUUAAAAGAGUAUUAAUUUUAAAUUGUGUUCAAACUAUAUAUUUAUUGUUUAAUUUCAAUAAUUAGUAUUAUUUUAAUUUUAUUAUAGUAAGGUUUGGUUGAUGAGAAUAGGCAAAUUUGUUUCAGCUGCAAUAGAAUGGCUGAUGAUGCAGAACAGCAGGCUGAGGAAAUUGAAGUGCUGAAAUCCAUCUAUGAGGGAGAUGAGAAUUUCAAGCAGUGUGAUCCAAAAACCUAUCAAUAUAAGUAUAUUGAUGGAGAGAAGUCAUUUGUUAUGGAAAUAUCAUGGGGCCCCACAUAUCCAACUGAUAAACCAAAAGUGAAUUUAGAAAUUUUCUACAAUCAGCAUUUGUUACCUUCGGUUAAAGAAAAAAUAUUAUCUGUGGUAAACACUGAGGCAGAACAGUGGCUUGGUUGUGCUAUGACCUACACAUUAUUUGAAUGUCUCAAAGAGAAAGUUCCAGAGUUACUGGCCGAGCAGACCGAAGAAUUGGUUGUCUCGUCGAGAGUUGAAAAAAUUAUUUUAGAUGAUAAUAUUGAAACAACAAAGAAGCCAGAGAAGAAAGAACAUUUGACAAAAGCACAGAAGCGACGGGCGUGGGACAAAGCGGAGUUAGGUAGGGGCGGGGAGAAGCCGAGGGGAUGGGAUUGGGUGGAUAUAGUCAAACAUUUGUCCCAAGUGCCCCACCAGCCCGCCCCUACCUCAUGACAAUGACAGGGGUAGUCACGUUGCUACCAACUGCCUGGAUUAGACCGUCCGGUCGCAGCAUCAAUCUCUUUGUAUCUCCUGCUUAGAAAAGUUGGACUCUAUUUAAGGGAGUUUAUACCGUAAGAUUGGCAACAGUCUAUUAUAGGUAGCCAGCAGAGUCGGCAAAUUGUUUUACCCGCUACCGCCAUCUAUCGGGUUAAUUUUUCUUGUCGGGAUAAAAAUUAUAUUAUCUAUCCAGUUGGAGCAAAUAAUACAAUGUAAUAAAAUAUUUUAAUAAUUUUCCUAUACUUUUAAAUAAGCAUGUUAGACUAUAACAUAUUUAUCAAUGUGCCUAUGUUUAUAAUAAAACUUUUGUCGUGAAAUAAAUAAAGUAUAUAUAUACAUUUACUAAAUUUCAUUAAAAUAGGUUCGGCGGUUUCAAAGAUUGUAUGAACGAAUAUUGUGACAUGGAAUGUAUUAAGAUAUCAUGAACUAUGAAACCAUAAAAAAUGAAAUUGUUCCUUAUAGACUGUCUAGUUUAAGCGAGAUAAAAGAUAAUUCUAUCACUAUCGUUCUGUCUCUUUUUCUAUAAGAUACAGUAAUUGUGGUGUAUUUGAGCUAGGCAUAGCAUCAAUGCGAAAGGUCAUGUAAGUUAAUUUUCAACUGAAUUAAAAAAAGGAGGACGUUUUCAAUUGGGUGGUAUUUUUUAUGUUUGUAACUCAUAACUGCGUCAGUUAUAAACUGAUUCGGAAAAUUCUUUUUAAAAUGAAAGGAGGAGAGGGGGGGGUUUGCCAUGCUUGACCGGCAUGUUGGUAACCGGAGCACCAAAGGAAUUUGGUGAAUUUUUAAGAGGGACACUGUAAUCCAUCCCUCGACCAUUACAACACCCACGAGAAAGGAAUACGAGGCUUAUUUUAUGCCGGGACACAUGGCAACACGGAUUGUAUAUAUCAUCAUAUCCUUUAACUGUCAACCUGCUGGUUUUGCCAGCAGUUGCUGUGCUUGGAAGGCGGAUUGGCAACCACAGUUAGGCUUUGGAGAUGUUUUAAGAGAGACGCUGCUGCUCAUCCCUCGCCCUCCCAUAGUCGCCUCUUACGACACAAAGGAAUGGGUGGCCUAUUCUAUGCCGGGACCAACACGGCUACUACGGAUUGUUUAUAUAUCAAAAUGACAAUUUAAAAAAUGAUCUGAAAGUAUACACAGAUGUUAAUUCAGAGUGUGUUUAUUUAUUAUGUUUGGAAAAAGAAUGUGUAGGUCAUAUAUGUAUGUAAAGAUUGUAUGUCAGUGAGGUAUUUAUAUCAAUGUUCUAUAAUUAAUAUAUAUGUUGCAGUCAAAACUCUUAACCAAUCAAAAAUACUAUUGACUAGCAAAAUCAGUUAAAAGUACUUUUGUCUGAACAGGUUGGUCAAAAGUGGUUUUGACUGAAAAUUGCGAUUAAAAGUACUCUUGACUGACGCUCUUCGUCAAAAGUAGUUUUAACUGCAAUAAAGCAUCACUCAAAUAUACUAUUAACCCGUUAGAUGUGAAUAAAAAAGAUAUUCAUUAAAUGUGAAAUCGUUUAUUACAAAAAAAUUGGCAUUGCAAUUAAUACAAAGUAAACAUACUAACCUAAUUUAAGUAAAAAAGGUUAGGUUUAGUUUUGACUGGUAUGUAUGGUGGUAUAUAUAUAUAUAUAUAUAUAUAAUUGUUCAGAAUAUGGAGGGCUAUGAAGGUAAGGAGAAUUAUUACAUAAGAGGGUACAGAAAGUGUCUAGCUGUAAAUAAUAGUUGUAAAGCCCUCCAAAAUGGCGCUAGAGUAGCAAGAGGGUAUGGAAUGAAUUUAACAGUUAUGGAGUAGCGCACUUCAAGUUCACUAGUAGAGUUAAAAAGUUUAACAUCUUUAUUAAAUAUAUAAUUGUUGUUCUAUUUUAGGGGUUUUUUUUGAAAAGCACGACAUUAAAAAGCGGAAGUGUUGCGUUCCCUGUUUAUUUCUUUUAAAAUUUACCCACUUGCUAAUGUAGCGUCAUAUUUUAAUGUCAUUGGAUACACAUUUUCAAAUAGAGAAUGUUCUCUUCGUCUCUAACCUCUAUAGAUCAGAUAUUUUUUUAUUUUUUAAAUUUGGAAUAUAAUGUUGCCAGUAUUACGGUAUGAUCAUUCUUGAUAUUUUUAUAAUUCAAUGUGAGGUUGUAGUGGAAUGAAAUAUAUUUAUGCAUAUAGCAAGACUGUAUUGUAAAUGUAAUAAUUAUAUUGAUGUAUAUGA